AUGAAGACAAGCCUUAUUACAGUAUUAUUAUCCCUCGUUUUACUCGAAACAACUGCUGCUAUAACAGUUACUAAUAUAUGGCAGUCGUUGAAAAUAACUAAUCCUUCAACAUCGAGCAGACCCCAAGAUAUAAGGACUGCAACUGUCGGAUGGAAAAUUGUUACUGCUGAUGUUCUACAUAAUGACAUAUUUUUCUUCCUGAUGCCUUAUGUUUUCAGAACCAAGUUUAGUGGCAACGAAAUAUUAUUAAAAGCAGACGGUACUAUCUAUGCUCGCUGUCAAGUAAACGAUGGUUCAUUUAAUAGGGAUGCUUCAUACCUCAAGUGUUCGAUGACAAGUUCUGUGGAUGAUAAAAAGGAUACGACCGCAGUAGGAGAAAUAACAUUUGAUUUUGUAUUUAAUGCUGGCGGUUCCUCUUCUGAUUCAGACAUUUCUUCUGCAAAAAGGUUUACUUCAGGCGACAAUCAGGUUAGCUUCAAUAAUAUUCAAUCUGACGUUAAUUUUCAAUCAGGUCCUUUUUUCACAGACAAAAAGACUGAUGAAUUAUUAUACUACUCAAGAUCAACCCCACAAGAUUUAGAACAAGUAUUUGUAUUAAGUGGCACCUGCAAUGAAGGUAUAACUUCUGGUUCUAUGGUUUUCACAACCAAUAACUCGGUUGAUUGCUCACAAUUCAAGUUGAAGAUUACUAAUGACUUGAAUGAUUUCUACUUACCUAAGAGCUAUAAAUCAAUCGAUGUGGGAUCAAUUAGAUGUUCAAGUGAUAACAAAAAACUUACUGCUACAUUUAAUAAUAUUCCACUGGGGUAUAGAGUAUUCCUUGAAGGAUUUGAAAAGUAUCCAGAUAAUUCCAUUUAUGUUAAACAUUUAUAUGCUGAAAAUAUUAAAUGUAGCGAUGGAUCUUCUAAGGUGGAUGGAAUCACUAAAAUAAUAAGGGUGGUAGACGGCGUAUCUUCUUCAAAUGGAGAUACUGAAGUAUCGAGUUCGAUUGCGUUAUCUUCAAGUUUAGAAAUGACAAGUACCCAUGAAACGAGUAGUCCAUGCAAUGAGUGUUCUACGACGCCCAUAACAGAGACGGAAACUACAUUGAAUACAAAUACAGUAACUGAAACCAUCUGUUCGGAAUGUGCUCAUAAAACCAGUGAAUCAGCAACUAGGGAACCCUCUUCAAGUGAAUCAACCAGUGAAUCAACAAACAGGGAACCCUCUUCAAGUGAAUCAACAACCAGGGAACACUCUACAAGUGAAUCAACCAGUGAAUCAACAAAGACAAGUAGUGAAGUUGUAUCUUCAAUUAGCAAAUCUUCAGAGACAAGCAGUAAACUUGAGUCUUCAACUACCGAAUCAGAAACUAGCAGUGAAACACCCUGUGAAAGCUGCUCACAUUCAUCCAUCUUGUCCACAUCAAUCCCACCUCCAGUUAGUCAUACAACGGAAUCGUAUACCGAACCGCUGUCAGGUGUGGAGGAAACCACUCUUUGUACUGAAUGUACGUUAUCAUCGACCAUUCAAACUCAAACAGAGACGACUACGUCUAUCAAUAGAACCACAGAAACGAUUUCUUGUUACGACUGUUCAAUUUCGUUGAUAUCGUCUACGUCUGUUCCUCCCGUUGUGGAAACAACCGAGAUGUCUGUCAAUAAUACUACUGAAACACAUUCUUGUCAGGACUGUGUAAGUUCCUCGAUAUUGUCCACAUCCAUUCCACCAGCUAUUGGAACAACAGAGACCACACUGUAUGAAGAAUCAAGUGUUCCUAGUGAGUACGUCGAUUCUCAGACGUCAGAAUUUGUUCUGUCAACCAUCGAUAUAGCAAACGGCACUACAACUUAUGCUGAACCACUGGAAACUGGCGAAUGUCUCCUGUGCGAAUACCCGCCAAUUACCGACGCCGAAACCAUAACCGAGAGUAUUUCUUGCGACGAAGAUUGUACCACUACUUUUCCUACCUACGUUCCUGAAUUAUCUUCAGAAUCACUUCAAAAAGAACAUUCGGACAUCUUGCCCACAUCGUCUACCGUUGACUCCUCCAUCAAUACUAAUUCUCAACCUCAGUCCGAUAUUGCUGAUACGUCCAUCUCAUCGCAUGCUAUUAUUACCGGCACCGCAGCUCUCCCGCCUUCAUAUUCCGCGGAAUACCCAUCAUCAACCCAAUACAUUCCCCCAUACGCAUUUUCGUCCUAUGAAGCGUUAUCCAAUUCGAACAGGUGUUCCUGGAGCGUGUUAUUGUUCUCAAUUCUCGCGUUAUUAGUCUAG